AUUUAUCGUCCGCGUUCUAACAGCAGUGGGGUCCACGGCCAUCAAAUUAGCAUUGUCAUUACGUAUCCAUUAUUCGUGUGAGCAGCAACAGGUGCCCGGUACUUACUCAACAAAUCUUGAUAGCUUAGCGGUUUAAAGCGUAAUUAAAUUACUCCACUAUCGAAGAUAAUCGAGAAGAAAUCUCUUCAUCAAAGUCAUCACCAUUUCAUCUGCGGAUCCAGCAACGUCUCAUACACAGCCACGAGUAGUCUGAGUCAUCAUUUCACCCACCACGUUCGCAACAAGAUACUGUUGAAAACGACGAAAUGGAAAGUAAUCACCAACCUGACCAAAUAACAAACUCUAGCCCAUCAGAUGAACGUAUUUUCGUUACUGAUCGUGAAUCACAGAUAACGUAUUUAAUCAACCCCUGUUCUAGUGGCAGUUUUUUUCCUCGAUCACUGCUACCAACGCGAUUAGGACUUAACACUGAAACUAUUACCUUAACUCUUGAUCUGGGUUUCGAACGUAAAUUUCUCUGGGAGUUCAGGGUCACCGACGUCGAUCAACCAACUCUUGAUACUGAUUUUAUUGCUCACUACGGACUCGUUAUCAAUCAGAAAAAUCUCAAGCUCGAAGAUCCAACAGCUAAUUCAUCCAGUGAACAACAAGUGGAAGAGUCAAAUGAGCAACCAAGUCAACAAACUACGUCUGAAGUGGAUGAUGAUGUAUACGUUAUUGAUCAGGUUUCAAAUAUGAAGUUUUCGGCUGAUCCUGAAGCUCAAACUUCUGAGGAUCCAUACAAACAAAAAAUCAAACUAUUGUGGAAAAGAUUCUAUCAGUUUCAUAUCUUUGCAUUUACCUUCUAUAUAUUUUUUUUUAUUUUGUAUGCAAUUCAAUUAUAUUAUUUCUGUGAAUAUAAACUAGUACAUUGCGCUUCAUCAUACACAGAAAAAAAAGUUAUCUUGAGUCAAGAAAAUAUUUUUGAAGACAAAUGUUUUCGGGAACCAAGUCAAGAUUUUCUUUAGCCAAGAGGAUUCGUCUUGUUUAAAAAAAAUUCGUCUUGGUCGGAGAAGAUUUCUAUUUUAUCUGAGAAAAUUUAGGUCUCCAAAAAAAUUUUCUUGAAUCAAGAAUAUUUACCUUCAGCCAAGAAUUUUUUUUUUUCUGUGUAUGAAUCAAUAUCUUUAUGUCAAUUGAAUAUCCAUAUGAAAAAUCACAGCCAACUCUUAAUAUUGUUAUCACAGCAAGGUGAAUUAUAUAGCUUAUUACAUUAUUCUGACUGAUAAAAUCAUGUUAAUUAUUGUCAUAAUCAAUAUAAGUGAACACAAAACUGAUGGAAACUUCCAGAAACUCUUAAAAAAAUUUAACUUAAUUUUGAAAUAUUAAAUCAAUUGGAGUAAUUAAAAAAAUAUUAAAAUUUUUCAAAAUUUCCACUUCAUUAUAAAUUUUUUGAUACAAUAUCAAAAUGAAAAAUCAAAAUUAUAUAAAAUAAUAAUUUAUGAACAAAGACGAAACAGAGUAUUAUGGUGAGAUGGGCGCGGUCACUACUUUUAAAGUAUUUUUUAAUGAUAAAACUUUUAUUAUUGAAAUUUUAAAAAUUCUCAAGUAUUUUCACUGUGCCAAUAUUUUUAACUAUAUAAUAAGAAAAUCACGAACUCAACGCUAUACAGCGUUCUGCCUGCAUUCAACAGGUGCUCCGAGUUUAUAUGUAAAGUCCGUGCUGUGUUGAGUGAACGUGGUGGAACCGGUGGCGGUUUAUCCCCACUGGGACUGAAUACGUUAAUUAUCUUUAUCCAUUGGCUGACACACGUAAUGUUAUUUUAAUCAUAUACUACGUAUAUAUUCAUUUAUAAAAUCAUUUAAAUAAAUAUAUAUACAUAUUAAUUAUACAAGUUGUUAAACAACAUAAAUUAAUAUAGAGGCGUAAUAAAUAUUAUAUAAUGUAAUCUCUGCUUAAAAAACCAAAUAGAUUCUUAUGGCUGUAUGUAUAAAGGCGUAUACUUAACUAUAUCACUUUUUAUAGAACUCAUUUAUUCUUAUAAAAUCUCUAUGGGAAUUUAUGAGAUUUUUUAAACAGGGAUAUUAUAUAUCACUAAAUGUUAUUUAAUAAUUUAUAUAUUUAUACUUUACAUUGUAGUAGUCGUUUUUUUUACUUUUAUAAUUACAAUUAAUAUUUAUUUUAAAUUGAAUUAUAUUUCGGCAUAUUA